AACAGCAUCCACCCUACUCCCAACCCCACGAUAACACUUACACAAUGGCGGUCGAAAAGGAAAGACUUCAGAUGAAGAAUAAGAUGCGAAGACAAAAGCUCUUUGCAGCCUUAAAGCACGAAGAAAACAAGACCCGCCACCUGGAGAGAAAGACCAGGGCCAAGGAAGAGAGAGCCAAUCCUGAGUUGAAGGAAAAGAGAUUGGCAGAAAACGUCCCUGAUACCAUUGAGAGCAAGAGAGUAUUCGAUGAAACUAUCGGCCAGGAGUUCGAAGGCGAAGAUGACUUCAACUCAUACUUUGACGGGAAGGAGCCAAAAAUAUUGUUGACCACCAACGCCAACGCCAACAAGGUUGCCUACCAAUUUGCCGACAUCAUGAUGGAGAUUUUGCCAAAUGCCACCUUUGUCAAGCGUAAGAGAGAGUACUCCAUGAAGGACAUGGCUGAAUUCUGCAACAACAGAGACUACACCGACUUGAUCGUCAUCAAUGAGGACAAGAAGAACGUCAACGGUAUCACAUUCAUCCAUUUGCCAGAAGGGCCAACCUUCUACUUCUCUGUCUCAUCGCUCGUAGAAGGCAACAGAAUUAAAGGCCAUGGUAAAGCCACCGACCACAUUCCAGAGUUGAUCUUGAACAACUUUGCCACCAGGUUGGGUAAGACUGUGGGCAGGUUAUUCCAGUCCUUGUUCCCUCACAGACCAGAGUUCGAGGGGAGAAACGUCAUCACCUUGCAUAACCAGAGAGAUUACAUCUUCUUCAGAAGACACAGAUACGUGUUCCGUAACGAAGAGAAGGUUGGUUUGCAGGAAUUGGGCCCUCAGUUUACCUUGAAGUUGAGAAGAAUCCAGAAGGGGGUCAAGGAGGAGGUCGAGUGGGAACACAGACCCGACAUGGAUAAGGACAGAAGAAAGUUCUACCUUUAGGAUUCGCCUACGUUUCCCUUGUAUUUUAAUCACAAUAGUUCUUGGUACGCCCGGUAAAUAUUGUGUAGGCGCUAGAAACAGGCUUUUAUAGGUGUAUUCUAGACCGUGAUCAUGAAGACAUGCUGACAGGCAUUUUCUAGCAUGCGUCACACCCAGAAUAGAGGUUUUUAGCCUACAUGAAGGAGUACCGAUAACCACG